CAGCACGACACCAGACUGGGUUUUGUGAUGGAUUUACUCCUAUAAAAAUAAAAUAAAUUCAGACUUUGGAUAUCACAUCACAUCUUUCCUUCUGCAUCUUACCACCCGGCAGUUUCAGUGUUGCCACAUCACAAUUUCCUCCACACUGAUUUCCGAGUGGAAGUUUGAAGGUGUGCAGCAUUGAUCCAGUGCAGCAGCAUGUUGCCACCUGUGAAGAAGGACCGGGUCAUUACUCAGCUCCCCAUGUGUUUCAGUCCGAAUGCAGCGGUGCACACCAACGAUGGCUUCCACCCACAGGUGAAGGCCGCCUGCAAGGUACAGAAGACAGACACAGUGAGCCUUAAUAUCGCCAAGGUCAUCGUAGUGGGAGAUGUUGCAGUUGGGAAAACGUGUCUGAUCAGCAGGUUCCGAAAGGGUGCGUUUGAUAAGAACUACAAAGCCACCAUCGGAGUGGACUUUGAGAUGGAGCGUUUCGAGGUGCUCGGUGUUCCCUUCAGCUUACAGCUGUGGGACACUGCAGGCCAAGAGCGCUUCAAAUGCAUCGCGUCAACAUAUUACAGAGGAGCACAAGCCAUUAUCGUGGUGUUUGACCUGAGCAGCAUGAGCUCUUUAGCACAUGCCAGGCAGUGGCUGGAGGACGCCAUGAGGGAGAAUGACCCGUCCAGUGUUUUACUGUUCCUUGUCGGCACCAAGAAAGACAUCAGUUCUCCUGAUCAGUUGGUUCAGGUUGAGCAGGAAGCCAUCCGACUUUCUGAGGAGAUCAGAGCAGAGUACUGGGCCGUGUCUGCCAAGUCAGGAGACGGUGUCCAGGACUUCUUCUUCCGUGUGGCCUCUCUGACAUUUGAGGCAAACGUUUUGUCCGAGAUCGAGAAAAGUGGCUCGAGGCACGUCGGUGACAUUAUCAGGCUCACAGACAGGACCGAGGCCGACCACACACCGAACAAGACGAGAUCCAACUGCUGCUGAUGAGAGAACGGCACAAUAAAGGCAACAUUAAGACUCAGCACGCUCAUUGUGGAUGUCAUGAGUAGACCCCGUCAAUAGUACAUAUCUAGUAAUAUCUGUAAAGGCUGUAUUCGUGUUGUUCUGCAAAUGGCCUGAGAGCAGAUUGUACAUAAUGAAUUCAGAGUCGAGGCUGUAACCAACAAGAAGUCCUCUCAGGAAUGUUUGCACUGCUGGCCGGGGUUACAACAAAUAAAGCGCUGCGAGACGCUCGUCUACAUUUUUAUCUAGAAAGAUGUAAUUCUGCAAGAUAUUUUAA